GCUCAUCUGAUCUUCUUUGUUUCAAGAUAACCUCCCCUUCGAAUUCAGCCGUGUUUAUUAGCUCUAGACGAAUCGGAAGAGAGGUUGAGAUGGAGUCCUCGAGAAAGGUAGUAAUUCAAGCUCUUAUCGGGUGGGUUCUGCUUCUUGGUCUCAUCAGCGGGGCAGCUUGUCAAUCUGCCUGGGUUAAUCCACACAAUACUGCUCGAUCAAUAGUCGGAGUUGCGAACAUUAUAUGGAGUCCGACUUUAGCUUCUUUCGCUGCCCAGUGGGCCAACGAUCUAGCGUCUCGAGGUUGUCCCCUGCAACAUCGCCCAAACAAUCCGUAUGGAGAAAACAUCUUCUGGGCCAGUUGGUCGAGCACCCCAGCCGACGCUGUCAAUGCAUGGGUCGGUGAGAAAAUCUACUACAACUAUGCGACCAAUACUUGUGCAGCAGGUCAAAUAUGCGGUCACUACACUCAGGUCGUGUGGAGAAAAUCUAUAGAAGUGGGUUGCGCAAGUGCUGCAUGCCCUAACAACGGUGGCACCAUCUCCGUCUGCAACUACAAUCCUCCCGGCAACUACGUUGGACAGAAACCUUACUGAAUGUCUGACAGUAUGUUGAAGCGAUCUUGACAUGAUGAUGGAUUUCGCGCUUUCAAGGUUAAAGCCUGCUGGACUCAGUAUUGUCAUGGACGAUCCGUUACUGUGGUUCGAUGUCCAAGCUCGAUCUAGUAUAUGCAGCAAGAGAUUACGAGCUAAUACCUGACCAGAGUCAUUGAAGUAAUAAAUCAGGUUCUUAAUACAUAUGAUAGAGUGAUGAACCUUCUUAUGUGACGUGAUAUGACUACGUGAUCCAGAUACUAAAUGGCAUCUGCAUCGCUGGCUAAUCCAAGGACACCAUAUAAAUAACUCUGUCUUGGCUUUGGCAAACACCCAGAAGAAAAUAUGGUUCACAAAACAGUCGGUAAGAUUACCGAAAAGGGUCU